CCACGAAGUGUCAACAUGAAAAAUGACACAGAAGUCACCAUAUUUAUAUUGAAGGGCUUCACAGACAAUCGUGAACUGCAGGUCGUCCUAUUUUUUCUAUUUCUAGCAAUCUACCUUUUUACUGUGACAGGAAAUUUAGGACUGGUUGUAUUGGUCACUGGGGAUUCCCGGCUCCACAACCCCAUGUACUAUUUUCUGGGUGUGUUAUCUUUCUUAGAUGCUUGCUAUUCCUCGGUUAUUACCCCAAAUAUGUUAGUAGAUUUUAUGUCAAAGAGCAAAGACAUUUCAUUUCUUGGAUGUGCAACACAAAUGUUUCUUGGUGUUACUUUUGGGACCACAGAAUGUUUUCUCUCGGCAGCAAUGGCUUAUGAUCGCUAUGUAGCAAUCUACAACCCACUUCUCUAUUCAGUUAACAUGUCACCCAAAGUCUUUGUGCCACUCAUCACUGCUUCAUAUGUCGGUGGCAUUUCACAUGCUACUUUACACACAGUAGCAACUUUUAGCCUGUCCUUCUGUGCAUCCAAUGAAAUCAGACAUGUCUUUUGUGAUAUCCCUCCACUCCUUGCUAUCUCCUGUUCUGACACUAACAUCAACCAGCUUCUACUCAACUACGUUGUGGGUUCUCUUGAGAUAUUCAACAUCCUGAUUGUCCUGAUCUCCUAUAGUUUCAUUUCGUUCGUCAUUCUGAGAAUGCGUUCUGCUGAAGGGAGACGAAAAGUAUUUUCCAUCUGUGGCUCUCACCUAACUGGGGUGUCAAUUUACCAUGGAACAAUCCUCUGCACAUAUGUCAGACCAAGUUCUAGCUUUGCUUUGGAUCGUGACAUGAUACUGUCUAUAUUCUAUACCAUUGUGAUUCCCAUGCUGAAUCCUAUUAUCUACAGUUUGAGGAACAAAGAUGUAAAAGAAGCAAUGAAAAAAGUGUUUGGGAGAAAUUGGUUUAUCAAUAAAGUAUAUUUUUAG